CUCUGUUUGUUUCUUUAGGUUCUGAUUCUUGUUGUGAGAUAUUUAAUAAUAAUAAUACUAUAAUAAUGCCAAUCUAUAGAAUUGCAAUUGGAUAUCCUGGAGAGGCUGGUCAACCUGAUGCAAUUAGAGCUGCAUUUGCUGAAUUCUUUUCCAUGCUUAUUUUUGUUUUUGCUGGUCAAGGCUCUGGCAUGGCUUACAGCAAGCUUACAAAUAAUGGACCUGCAACACCUGCCGGUCUCAUAGCUGCAUCACUAUCUCAUGCAUUUGGAUUAUUUGUUGCUGUUUCUGUGGGAGCAAACAUCUCUGGUGGUCAUGUGAACCCUGCAGUCACAUUUGGUGCAUUCAUUGGAGGAAACAUCACACUUUUGAGAAGUAUUUUGUAUUGGAUUGCCCAGUUACUUGGUUCAGUUGUUGCUUGUAUUCUUCUCAAGUCUGCUACUGGUGGAAUGGAGACAUCAGCUUUUGGUUUAUCUUCAAAUGUAUCAGUAUGGAAUGCACUAGUUUUUGAAAUUGUGAUGACAUUUGGAUUAGUAUACACAGUUUAUGCAACAGCAGUAGAUCCAAAGAAAGGGAAUAUAGGAAUUAUUGCCCCACUUGCAAUUGGAAUUAUUGUUGGUGCAAAUAUCUUAGUUGGUGGAGCAUUUGAUGGUGCAUCAAUGAAUCCAGCUGUGUCUUUUGGGCCUGCUGUUGUUAGUUGGACAUGGACUCAUCAUUGGGUCUAUUGGGUUGGCCCAUUUAUUGGUGCAGCAAUUGCAGCAAUUAUUUAUGAUCAUAUCUUCAUUGGUGAGGAUGGUCAUGAAUCUCUAAGUGAUUUCUAGAAGGAAAAUGCUAGGGUUUAUGAGAACACAGUUUGCGAAAGAAUGCGAAUAAAUCCGAUAUGUCAAGUAUCAACCACAAGAAGUGUGUUUUCCGCGCCAAAAGCAGAAUUAUUGUGGAUUCAUCCUUCUAAAUGGUUACACAUAAUGUUUUCGUAUGUUUUGUGUGUUACAUCUAUCGUACUAAAUAGCAUUGCUCGUUUUAGAACGUAUAAUUUUUUUUAUAAUUAAAUCAUGGUUUUCUUUUCUCCAUAUUGAGGAGGGAAUAAACUGUUGAAGA